AUGUAACGGAACUGAGUAUCCCUUUAUCGGAGAGCCAUCCCCUCUCUCACCACUAUUGGCAGGCACUGAAAGUCCCGCCCUCUCCCUCGCCUUUCACCAUCCGGUUUCCGGUUUGAGAUUAGAACGCCUACUGGGUAGGAGUGGGAGUGGCCUAUCUACCAACCAGGAAGCCUCUGCGCAUAUCAUAUAGUCACAACCUGACCAGGUGACGCUUUAUAUCUUUAUAAUCAAAACCAGAAAGGUAACGGUUUAUACAUAAUAUCUAUAUACAACCUGACAGGUAACGCUUUAUAUCUUUUUAGGCACAACCAGACAGGUAACGCUUUAUGACUUUAUAUCAAAACAUGACAAGGUAAUGCUUUAUAUCUUUAUAAUCACAACCUGACCAUGUAACGCUUUAUAUUAUCUUGUUAGUAUAUGCUACACGUGAACCUCGGGCUCCGACAAUUCUAUGCUAUUCCCCACUAUUCACUAGCGCUUUAUAUUUUUAGAGUCAUAUCUGACAAGGUAACGCUUAAUAUCUUUAUAAUCGCAACCGGACAAGGUAACGCUUUAUAACUAAUCUAAAACCUGACUGGUCCACUCUGUGUUUGGUAGCCUACUUGGCUGAGUCAUUUCCGACUGCUGCUUGAUGACAUAAAUGAAAAAGUCUCACCUAUAAUCGAUAUAUUAAUGUAGCUGCUUCGUAUGACAUAAGUAGUAUAAGAUGUAUGUACAAUAACCUCCUUGAAGCGAUUGAUAUAUUAAGCUGGAAAUAUUUAAUUCGAUGUAACAUUUGACAAACGUGUGAUACCUCAUCCUUAUCUUUAUUAUCACCUCAACUAAUUUGUACUUUACCAUGUUCUGUAAUAAAUAGAAUUGCACACUUUCGUGGAGAUACUUGUUCUGUAAUUAAUAGUAUAACACAACUGGACUCCUUUGUAUUCAGACUAUUACUAUGUUAUUAGUUGCAAGCUUGCAUUAUUGUCUUUCAAUCUUCUAUCCACCUAUUAAACAAUUGAUUCACACCAAUCCAUGCAAAUACUGGCUGGUUAAUGAACACUCAUUUAUGAUGUACUGAGCUGAAAACAUAGAUAAAAAAAGAAAAAUCCUUAAGUGAGGAAUGUUUCGUCAUCAACCACUUACCAAUCUCUUCUGUUGUGUAGGGUGGGUUAUGGAGUCUGCUGGGACAGAGGGGAACAGCCUAUCACAGACUGAGUUCAUCUAUUGCUGCGGUGCCGUCACAGAGGUCCUCCGAUUUGGCCCGGCUCACCUGAACCAUGAACACAAGGUUCUGUUUCUGGUCAUCCCUGGUAACCCUGGCAUCGUGGGUUUCUACAAGACCUUUAUGCAGGCUCUUCAUGCUUCUUUUGGCUUUCGACAUCCAGUGUGGGCUGUGAGCCAUGCCGGCCACUGCGACCCUCCAGUCUCCAUGGACAUGGUUGAGGAUGCCUCUAUCAUCGAAGAGGGCGACAUAUUCGGGAUCAAUGGGCAGAUUGAGCACAAACUGGCCUUCCUAAGAAAGCAUGUUCCCAAGGAAACCCGCCUGGUUCUACUGGGUCACUCCAUCGGCUGCUACAUCAUUCUGGAUAUGAUGAAGAGAAAUCCUGAGCUCCAGGUCCUUAAGGCUGUCAUGCUGUUCCCCACCAUCGAGCGCAUGGCCCAGACCCCCCAGGGCCGCAUGAUGACCCCCGCCCUGUGCCACAUGCGCUACCUGGCCUACCUGCCACUCUUCUUGCUCUCGCUGCUGCCUGAAAGGCUCAAGACCGCCCUGGUGAAGCUGGCCUUUUGCCGCAUCCAAUCCCUGGACAGCACCGUGGUGGCUCCCACCGUUGACCUGCUCAGCGGAGACUGCGCAGCCAAUGCUAUGUACAUGGGCAGUCAGGAGAUGAAAGGUGUUUUGGAAAGAGAUAACCUGACAAUUAAAAAUAAUUUGAAAAAGCUUGUCUUUUACUACGGGGCGGUGGACCACUGGUGUCCUGUCCAGUAUUAUCAUGACAUCAAGAAAGACUUUCCCAGUGGAGACAUAAGACUUUGCAGAAAUGGCUUCCGCCACGCCUUCGUACUGGACACGGGAAAGGACGUUGCAGGGAUGGUUAUCGAAUGGCUGUCCAAUGAUUUGAGGACAUGAGUUGGUCCUUGAUACUAAUAUCAUAUAGGGAAUAUGUGACUGAGGAACUCGAUGACUCCAUGUACCGGAUCCAAUAGGAAAAGCAAACUUUGAUUGCAUCAAUGAUUACUCGCCUUAAUGGGUUUUGUUAUUUUUGGACUGUGCGGGUAAAAUCUGAAGAAGUCUGAUGACUGGAGACUGUUUUUUAAAUACAGUGCUGUAUAAAUUAAUUUAUUAAAUUAUCUUCUUAAAUCGAGAGUUGUAAAGAGGGAGAGAGCAGAAGAAAGAACGGAAAAACAAGUGAAUCAGUGAGGGAAUAGCUGAUGGAGGGCAAUGCCAUUCCUAACAAAUGAUUCAUAAAUGAUAGCGCCUAAAUCAUACAGUCAGACGUAUUUACAGAUUAAGAUAAAAUAAAAUUGUAUUUUAUUAAUCCCGAAUGGGAAAUUUGGAUAAUUAGGAUGUGCAUUAUGAUGAUUAUGGUAAUGUGAUAAACUUUGAUAGACUGGACUGCCUAAAGAUUACUGCAACCAAAUUUAUUACGCCAGUCAGCUCCAGCCUUAAAGGGGUAGUUAGGAAUUUUGGACAUAGGGCCUGAUUCCAAAGUUAGCCUUGGUGUUCUUCAUCAUUGGAGACAGUUUUCAACACGUUUCAUUCAGUCCUUUUAGUUGCAGAGUUCGCUCGUGCUAGGCUAGCUCACGGCAACGGGCAAUACUGGCCUGCUAAUAAAACAGUCUUACCCUCUCCACACUACACCCGAGGUAAAUCAAUUAUAACGCCAGACUAUAGAUGUAAAUGUCUGUGUUGAUAGAAUAAUGUUAGAAAUAAAACUAACCUCGCAUCGCAUGAAUCAUCGCAUUUUGAGGGACUACUUUCUCAGCAGCAGCGGAAUUUAACCUAGGUAUCAGUCCGCCGCUGCCGUAGCCUACUACCAGGAAUAUAACACUGCUGCUGGGACACAGCAAGUCCCUCAAAAUGCAACGCAAUGCAAGGUUGGGUUUGCAACAUACAGCUGCUGCCACCUAGUGGACCAGAGGUUUAACAUGUUUUAAUUACAUUUUUAUAAAUAUAUAUAAAUUAUAAAAUGAAAUGAAAUGAAAGGCUGGGGUUUUGUUUUAUAUAAUUUGUUUAGAUUGUUAAGGAGUAGUAGUAUUGGUGCGUUCACAUCACUGGAAAUUAUGGUGAAAACAUUUUUGCGGAAAGUUCUCGUGAACGACACCUUAUGACGCUCUUAUUAUUCUACUUAAGUUCGGCUACUAGGGCCAGAUUUUGAUAACGGAGUUGCCCAGUUGGUGAUGUAUGGUUUACUAGUGACGCGUAUGCACAUGGCGGACAAUGAACAUUUUAGUCAAUAUAAAAGAUUCAACCAUCAUAUCACAUCCUCUGAUUGAUUUACGUUGUAACCGUCUGUUGGCAUCGACCUCGCUCAGUUUUAAACGUUGUGUACCCCUCCCCUACUGGUAAACCAGCUCUAGAUAGGGCAAGGGCAGCCUUCCAUACAGUGGCAAUACAAUGUGCUUUUUUUAACAGAUAAAAAAUCCCUGCGGUGAAGCACUUUUAGAUUCCCAACGCAGUGCACAUGAACGGUCACUGCCGGGAACAGCGGCCGUAAGCGUGAGCGUCAUCACUGGCGAGCGGUCUCGUUAUCACUAUCACGAUGAACGCGCCUAUAAUGCCUACAUGAGGCCGUAGCACAGUUAAUGCUGCCUCAAAACAGCUACAAGGUUCGGAAGCUCUUACGUGUCUUUACGUAAACCUUCCCUUCUUCCAAAAUAAUAAAGGCGGCUGCAUGCUUCAGCGUUGGUGUUACGUUGUUGCGCAAAAUGUACUCAAAGCAAUUCAUGCUCCCUUUUAGGUUGCGCGUGUUGCCAAGCAAUUUACCGCCAGAACAGUAGGUGGAGUAAUAUGUGGAGUAAAGUUUUUCGUUGAAGACGACCUCGAGAAUGACGUCUUUGUCUGUGGGAGUCGUUGGUUUGUUUAUGUGCCAGAUCGUGUUCUCCCCAUACACAGUGAAUGAUGGCAACAGACAGAGGAACAGGGGUGAUGAAGUUGUUGAUCAUUGGGGUUGUAUACAUGUGCAUAUCUCUCUACAUUUUAAAACGACAUAAUGUGUUGGCAGCAAAGUUAACUUCACUUCACGUUAAUACUUUUGUAUAUGAGCCUGCCGGGUCGUCCUUGCCUUCUGGCUUUUAAAAAUGGCGGUAUGAAAACAGGAAAUGUGAUACUCCAGACAGGAAAUAGUAACCAGACCAGCAGACCAAUCACAGCCUUGCAGGCUGCGUGGCUCGCGUAAAAGCUUACGUAAAAAAUUACGUAAGUCGAGAAAAAUCGCCCGACGCACGCAAGACGUGAGAAGUCGCGCAAGGGGUGCGCAAGGGCCUCUUGCGCUUGCGCUUACGUAACUGAGCAUAAAUCGGCCUUAACCCUUCAUUUGAUAAAAACGACAGUGUCACCCCUUAUGUUUUUUUCCCAUGAUGACUGAUUUAAAAAAAAAAAAACAGUGUUACCCCUUAUAUUUUAAUUGACAGGAACAAUUUUUUUUUUUUUUAUAUAUGUUUUUUUUCAUGACGACCAAUAAAAAAAAAAAGUGUUACCCCUUAUGGUUUUUUUCAAAUGACCAAAGAAAAACGACAGCGUCACCCCUCAUGUUUCAUCUGAUAAAACGACAGUGUUACCCUUUCUGUUUUUUUUCCUGACGACCAAUAAAAAACAACAGUUUUACCCCUUAUGUUUUUUUGACAACGACAACAGUGUUACCCUUUAUGUUUUUUUUCACGACGACCAAUAAAAAACAACAGUGUUACCCCUUAUGUUUUUUUUCAUGUCGACCAAUAAAAAACAACAGUGUUACCCUUUAUGUUUUUUUUCCUGACGACCAAUAAAAAACAAGAGUGUUACCCCUUAUGUUUUUAUUCAAGACGACCAAUAAAAAAACAACAGUGUUACCAAUUAUGUUUUUUUGACAACGACACCAGUGUUACCCUUUAUGUUCUUUUUCAUGACGACCAAUAAAAAACAUCAGUGUUACCCCUUAUAUUUUUUUUGAAAAAGAGAACAGUGUUACCCCUUAUGUAUUUUUCAUGACGCCCAAUAAAAAACAACAGUGUUACCCCUUAUGUUUUUUUUCAUGACGACCAAUAAAAAACAACAGUGUUACCCCAUUUGUUUUUUUUCGUCACGACCAAUAAAAAACAACAGUGUUACCCCUUAUAUUUUAUUUGACAAAAACAACAGUGUUACCCCUUUUGUUUUUUUUUAAAAAGUUAACAGUGUUACGCCUUA